UUCAUUGUGUAUACACACGGUCCUGAUCGGUGACAUGCAUGCACUUUCAUGUUAAAACAUUUUCAGUGAUAAAAGAAACCAAAGAGACUUAAGGAGAUGAUUGUUUCAAGUGGCAGUGAUGGUUUAUUUAAGUACCCGAAGAUAUUCAUAUUGGUAUUCCUCCUGCCAAUUUUUGUUUACAGCUGUGAAAAUGGCACGUACUUUUCUCAUGAUGUUGGAGGAUGUUUGGAGUGCCCAGAGAAACCUUUGAUAACAUGCAAGAAUGAGCAUUUGCUUGAUAUACUUCCAUGUCUAGAAAAUUGUUUAAAAGGCAGGGCAACACCGGAUAAUCACAACCCAACGCCAAAACAACCUGAAAAACAGCCUUCGAAGACCAGAAACGAUGAUCGUCGGAGACGCGUUGGCAACUUCAAACUGGAUCAUUUUAUAGUACUUGUGGCAUGUGUCGUUAUUAUCGUACUCAUUUUACUUCCAUGUAUAAUUUGCCAUUUUGCGCGGCAGGCUAGGGGACCUGAUGAAGAGAGACGCACUUGUGCUGGAUAUUAUUUGAUGCACAAUGAACUACAGACAUCAAUGCAAGCAGAAAAUAUGAACACAAAUGGUCAAAAAACCUGAUAUUACUGAACUACCCGUGCGCAUGCCCACUAGGCUCGAUAUUUUAUGCAAUGAAAGCACAUUUUCAGUUUAACAAUCACUUUCAUUGCCAGUGGUCUGUGUAUUUACUGGAAUGCCAUUUUGAAUAAACGUAUAAAACUCCAAAUAUAAACGUAUAAAAUAUGUACUUAUAUUUAACUAAUUGACAUUUGCAAUUGUAUUUUUGUAUUCGUUAUCAUUAUUGCGUACUAAUGUAGGGGCUUUCCCUUCUUAAGGCAUGCAAAAUCAAUGUUUAAGGCAUGUAAAAUCUUAUAUGGUUUCCAAAUAUCAAAUAUUUGUAAAUAGUUUACAAUUUAAUUUUAAAUACAUCGAGGCCAUCAUAGGCCCAUAG